AUGCUGAACCGUGACGUCGCUGCUGGAGUCGCCUGCAGCUUCCUCGUGACCUACUACCGCGAGUUUGUGAAGGAGAAUGACAUGGCUGGGCUGUUCGACCUCUACGCGGACACCUCGGUGCUGACGUAUGCGCAGUUCAACGAGCAGAACCCGGAUGUGGUGCAGGGCCGGCACGAGAUUGUGCAGAACCUUGCCAAGAUGGAUCUGGAGCUCGGCCGCCGCAAGGUUGAGGUGCGCUUCGUCGACUACGUACCGCUGCCGGGCAGCUGUGUGCAGAUUGUUUGCCAAGGUGUGCUGUAUCUCUGCGGACGGCGCUGCCCAUUCUCACAGGUAUUCGUCCUCGCACCGACGCCUUACCGCGCCAACACGUAUCACAUCGCCAGCGACUACUUCCGCGUGCUGGGGGUGGAAGUGGAGUCGAUACCGGAGAACGGCAUCGUCAUGACGCCCGCGCAGGUCGCGAAGCACCUGCUGGAGGAGCAGGAGCGCCGCAAUCGCCUGGAGGAGCAACGCGAACGUUUGCGGCAGCAGCAGGCGGCAGCAGAGGCGCUGCGGCAGCGACACGCUGAGGAAUCUGCGCGGCGGCAGGAAUUGCAGAAGCAACAGCAGCAGCAACAGCAACAGCAACAGCGCGGCGAAGGGAACAACGCCAGCAGCAGCAAUAACAAUCGCUGGGACCGAGGUGAGCGAAAUGACAACAGGCGCGGGGAGCGGCCUGACCACAACACCAACAUGAACCGCCGCGAUCGUGGGGAGCGCAAUGACAACAGGCGCGGAGAGCAAAACGAGAACAACACAAACAACAACCGUGGGGACCGUGGUGACAACAAACGUUAUGGGGAGCGAGUCGACAAUAGGCGCGGCGACCGCGCUGAUCGUGCAGAGCGCAACGGCGGCCGCCAGGAGCACCGCAACGAGCAGAACGGGGAGAGGCGCGGAGAUAACAGACGCGGAGAGCACGGCGGAAAUGCGAGGCCACGUGAGGAGCGCGCAGUGGCGAUGGCAGCACCGAGAUCCUCGCGACCACUCCGCACACGCGAGCCGCAGCAGCAACAGCAGAAUGCCCCGGCGGCCACGACUGAGACAGAAAACAACAACGGCACCAACAAUAACAUCAACCGGCCCGUUCCACGCUCGAGGGCCGCACAGGAGAAGCGUGCCGAUGCCAGGGAUGAAAAGAGCAACGCCCACCGCAAGGAUAAUGCACCAGUGGCCCCGGCAGCAGCAGCAGCAGCAGCAGCAGCAGAAACAGAAGUGGAAGCAGCGGCUACCAAGAAGCAGGUGAAAGGGCGCAAUCCUGUGAACAAAGGGGGUGCCACCGAUCAUGUCCGCCUGGUGCGGGUGCCGAAGACGGUGAAGCUGUCGGAUAUCACGGACGCAGUGAACGCUGUGCUCGGCGCGAAGCCACUCGACGCGUACUGGUUCGGCCGCUCCAGCGCGGACUGCGUGCUGAAGAUGGCGACGUCCGCGGCGGUGGAGCAGCUGGUGCAGGACUCCUUGACGGUGCUCGAGUCGAAGCUGGCUGCCACAAAGUUUUACCCAUGA